AUGCAGCAACUUCAAGCACGACUCUCUGACAAGCUCAAUGAGCUGACGAAAGACUGGACAGCCGAGCAGCGGAAGCUCUACGGUGCGGUCGCCUUGACGGCUGUCGUUGCCUCUGGCGCCACGUUGAUUGUUGUCAAGGUGAUGCGACGGUGCUGCGGGGCCGGCAACGACGCCACCCGCUCGGAAAGUCAUUCGAAGAGCUCUGACAUCUACGAGAGUGAGACGGCGGCGCGCCAGUACAUGGAGUUCCACUACACGCCGUCGUGCGAGAGCUACACGCAGCGGCUGCGCUCAGUGAGCGAGGCCUACGACUUCCCGACGCGCGUUGCUCACAAGUUCCGCACCUACAUGCAGCCAGGCAAGCGCAAGCUGCGCGGGCUCGACAUCGGCUGCGCAACAGGGGCCUCGGUGCUGGAGAUGUCCAAGGUGUUCGACGGCGGCGUCAUCGGCAUAGAUUUUUCGGAGGUCUUCAUUCACCUCGCCAAGGAGGUGGUGAGUCAGCCGACCUCAGGCAAGAAGGUCACCUACACCGCCCCUGUGCAAGGCGAGAUCACGGAGAAGCGCGAGCUGGAGCUGCCUCGCGCGGUGCGGCCAGAGCGCUGCGAGUUUUACGCCGGUGACGCCAUGAACAUGUUCGAGGAGGACGGCAAGAUCGCAACUACGACGUCGCGCCUGUACCCCGACGUCAAGUACUGGCAGGCAAAGAAGGGCGAGACCUUUGACGGCGUGCUCUGCCUUAACCUGAUUGAUCGCGUGCCAGACCCGCAGCGCCUGCUCAACAGCGUUGUACGUCUCCUGGCUAAGGAUGGAAUUCUCAUUCUCGCAGACCCGUACUCGUGGUGGGAGGAUGCGACGGAGAAGUCACGCUGGCUGGGCGGCCGCAACGACGACGGCGUGCGCAGCGAGGAUGCAGUGAAGGCGGCGUUGGGGGGCAAGUUGGAGCUCCUGAGCGAGUCGGACGAGGCCUUCCUCAUCCGCGAUCACAUUCGCCACUAUCAGCUGGGGUUCUCCCACUGUACUGUGUGGCGCAGGAAGUAG